CAAGCGUGACGUAAACGCACUUCCGGACAUGCGUUUCCGCGCGUUCGCGGCACAAAACAUGGCGAUGACAACGAGCCAAAACGAUGUCCAGGUGCAACAGAAAGAAGAAGGAGUGGAGGAUGAUCAGUCGAUGUCUAGAUCUGACAGUUUGAUUUGUUUGUCUUUAAUUCGUGGUAGUGGCGAGGAUUCUCUCGAUGGCCUUAUGAGACCCAGAUGUCCCCUUACCCCUUCGCUGUCCCCACGGAAACGGACCACCAGCCAAAGCAAAACUGAGCCUCCACUUCUAAGGACAAAUAAGAGGACAAUUUACACUGCAGGGCGACCACCCUGGUACAACGUUACUGGGACCACCUUUAAAGAAGCCUUUGUCAUAGGUCUGUGUGGAGGGAGUGCCUCUGGGAAAACCACCGUGGCCAAUAAGAUCAUAGAGGCUCUUGAUGUUCCUUGGGUUGUUCUGCUUUCUAUGGACUCUUUCUACAAGGUUUUGAGUAAAGAGGAACAGGAGUUGGCAGCCAGAAACGAAUACAACUUUGAUCAUCCUGAUGCCUUUGAUUUUGAGCUGGUGGUAACUGUGUUGAGAAAACUGAAAAAGGGCAAAAGCAUCAAAGUGCCUGUGUAUGACUUCACCACCCAUAACCGUCGCAAGGAGUGGAAAACCGUCUAUGGGGCCAAUGUUGUGAUAUUUGAGGGAAUCUUGGCUUUUGCCAACAAGGAGCUUUUAAAGCUGCUAGACAUGAAGGUGUUUGUAGACACUGACUCUGAUAUCCGGCUGGUCAGGCGUCUGAAAAGGGACAUCACGGAUCGAGGGCGUGACAUUGCAGGCGUCAUUAAACAGUACAACAAAUUUGUCAAGCCAGCGUUUGAACAGUACAUCGAACCCACUGUGCAGGUUGCAGAUAUUGUGGUCCCAAGGGGUGGAGAAAACUUUGUAGCGUUGGAUCUGAUUGUUCAGCACGUUCACAGUCAACUGGAAAAGAGGAAACUCCGCUGGGAUAUAUCAGCCCUGGCAUCAGCCCAUCAGGGUCAACCUCUACCCAAGACUCUGAGCGUCAUGGAGAGCACACCACAGGUCAGAGGAAUGCACACUAUUAUCAGGAAUAAAGAAACCAGUCGGGAUGAAUUUAUUUUCUAUUCAAAGAGAUUAAUGAGGCUUCUCAUAGAGCAUGCCCUGUCCUUCCUGCCGCUGAAGCCGGUGUCUGUUGAAACUCCUCAAGGAACUGUAUAUGAAGGGAAGAGGCUGAGCGGGAAAAGGAUCACUGGUGUGUCCAUUCUACGCGCAGGAGAGACCAUGGAACAGGCCUUGAUGGCUGUUUGUAAGGACAUUCGACUCGGAAAGAUCCUCAUCCAGACCAAUCACGACACAGGAGAGCCUGAGCUCCAUUACCUGCGUCUGCCCAAGGACCUCAGUGAGGACUAUGUCAUCCUGAUGGACAGCACCGUGUCAACAGGGGCGGCAGCUCUCAUGGCUGUCAGAGUCUUACUUGAUCAUGAUGUCCAGGAGCAUAAGAUCUUCCUGCUCUCUCUGCUCAUGGCGGAGAUGGGGGUUCACUCAGUGGCCUACGCCUUUCCCAAGGUGCGCAUCAUCACCACUGCCGUGGACAAGAAUGUCAAUGAUGAGUUUCACAUCAUUCCAGGGAUUGGUAAUUUUGGGGACCGGUACUUUGGGACGGAUGCUCCUUCAGACUGGUAUGAAAGCGAUGAUGGGAUGGACUACUGAAUUUCAUCGAGACGUGUAUGUGAGCAACUCUGUCUGUAUGCAUUGGAGAAGGGAACAUUU